AUGUUGAAAUUAUACAAUUUAAAAAUACAAUUAAGACCAGGUUUGAUCAUUUCCGUAAACAAUAUCAAACUAAGGAUGUCACACCAUAUAUAUAUAUAUGCCCUUCAUGCCCACGUUCCUGAAAUUCUUAAAUUAUACAAAAAGAUUGCUUAUUAUACCCAGCAAGGAAUGGAAAAGUACAAUGACAGGGCAUCCAAGAACUAUUUUCGAUCAAAAAACCACAGACGAGUUACCGCCCUUACACAAGUAUUUCUCAAGAAACAGAGGAUUCAGUAUCUAGAGGCAGCUGGAUACAUGAGAGGAAAAAACUAG